UUGGAUUUUGUGCAUUGGUUAUCUCUGGCUGAUGAGAUUAUGAGUGAUUCUCCCCCCACUUUUAUACACAGUUUGGAGUUUGAGAAUCAGAAGACUCGCUUGGGCAUUCAGUUGGAUUUUGAAAAGAACCAACUGAAGGAGGACCAGGAUAAAGUACACAUGUGGGAGCAGACAGUGAAAAAAGAUGAAAAUGAGAUAGAAAAGCUCAAAAAGGAGGAACAAAGACACAUGAAGAUCAUAGAUGAGACCAUGGCUCAGCUACAAGACCUGAAGAAUCAGCAUCUGGCCAAGAAGUCGGAAGUGAAUGACAAGAAUCACGAGAUGGAGGAGAUUCGUAAGAAACUGGGGGGCGCCAACAAGGAAAUGACCCAUUUACAGAAGGAGGUGACAGCCAUUGAGACUAAGCUUGAACAGAAGCGCAGUGACCGUCACAACUUGCUACAGGCCUGUAAGAUGCAGGACAUUAAGUUGCCACUGUCAAAAGGCACCAUGGAUGAUAUUAGUCAGGAAGAGGGUAGCUCCCAGGGGGAGGACUCAGUGAGUGGUUCACAGAGAAUUUCCAGUAUCUACGCACGAGAGGCCCUCAUUGAGAUUGACUACGGUGAUCUGUGUGAGGAUCUGAAGGUGAGGAUCAGCCACAGGG